UGUUGGUGUUGAGAGAAUUGUGGAAAGGGGUAGGCAGCUCCACCACCUCCGUCGUUGGUGUGGGCCAUAAUGGAUCAACGCACCCCUCUCUCCGACCCCUCCACGCCCACAACUCCCAGGUCCACCUUCUUCCUCUCCACCUCCGGCAAGGCCCUCCUCCUCUCCAACUCCGCCAAGCGCCCCGACACUCCCCGCAAGAAGUAUGUCAAGCAGGUCACCGGCCGCCACAACGACACCCACCUCCACCUCGCCGCCCAGCGCGGCGACGCCGCCUCCGUCCGCACCGUCCUCGCCGAGAUCGACUCCCUCAUGAUGGGCACCUUCGAGUUCGACGCCGAGGUUGCCCACUUUAGGUCCGCCAUCUUCAACGAGGUCAACGACUUGGGAGAAACCGCGCUCUUCACCGCCGCCGAGAAGGGCCACCUCGACGUCGUCAAGGAGCUCCUCCCUUAUGCCACCGCCGAGGCUCUUUCCGUCAAAAACCGCUCCGGUUUCAACCCCUUGCACAUUGCCGCUAGCCAGGGUCAUCUUGCCAUUGUGCAGGUGCUACUAGACCAUGAGCCUGGGAUGAUUAAAACGUUUGCGCAGUCAAAUGCAACUCCUCUAAUAUCUGCAGCUACACGAGGGCAUGCAGAUGUUGUUGAGGAGUUGUUGUCUCGGGAUCCUACUCAGUUGGAGCUGACUAGGUCCAAUGGAAAGAAUGCACUCCAUUUAGCUGCACGCCAGGGACAUGUAAAUGUUGUAAAGAUACUUCUCAAGAAGGAUCCACAACUUGCUCGAAGAACUGAUAAGAAAGGGCAAACUGCACUACACAUGGCUGUCAAAGGGGUUAGUUGUGAAGUGGUGAAGCUGAUUCUUGCUGCGGAUGCAGCCAUUGUCAUGCUUCCCGACAAGUUUGGCAAAACUGCAUUGCAUGUAGCCACGAGGAAGAAGAGGGUAGAGAUAGUGAAUGAGCUGUUACUUCUUCCCGACACCAAUGUAAAUACCUUGACAAAAGACCACAAGACAGCUCUUGACCUUGCGGAGGGGCUUCCAAUAUCCGAGGAAAUUCUGGAGAUCAAAGAGUGUCUGAUUCGUUACGGUGCAGUUAAAGCCAAUGAUCUGAACCAACCAAGGGAUGAGCUAAGGAAAACCAUGACGCAGAUCAGGAAAGAUGUUUAUUUUCAGCUGGAACAAACUCGUAGAACAAACAAGAACGUGAGUGGGAUUGCCCAUGAGCUAAAGAAGUUGCACAAAGCUGGAAUCAACAAUGCUGCCAACUCAGUAACGGUGGUUGCUGUGCUAUUUGCAGCAGUUGCAUUUGCAGCAAUUUUCACAGUUCCUGGUGGGGACUAUGAAAAUGGGGUGGCAGUGAUGGCACACACAGCGUCUUUCCAAGCCUUCUUCAUAUCCAAUGCCAUUGCACUAUUCACAUCAUUAGCUGUGGUUGUGGUUCAAAUCACAGUUGUUAGAGGGGAGUUAAAGGCUGAGAGAAAAGUUGUGGAGGUGAUCAACAAGAUGAUGUGGUUAGCCUCUGUGUGCACCUCAGUUUCGUUCAUUACAGCAUCUUAUAUAGUAGUUGGUCGGCACAGUCCUUGGGCUGCAAUUCUUGUUACCGUUGUAGGGGUCAUCGUAAUGGGUGGUGUUCUUGGUACCAUGACAUACUAUGUGGUCAAAUACAAACGCUCCCGAAGAGUGAGGAAGAAAGACAAGAUAUCUAAGACGGAUUCCGAUUCUGAUGAGCCAGAAGUAAAUCCAAUCUAUGCCAUUUGAUGUUACUUUGAACUUCAAUGUAAAUUUGAUUCUUCUAUUCAAUGCUUUUGUAUUUAUUUGGCAAGCAUUGAGAAGGAGGAUUUAGCUUAAUUUGGUUUUAUUUGUUUAUAGAGAAAAAAGAUGGCUUUUAUGUAAUGUAAGUAAACAGCUCCUGUUAGUGUAUAUCAAAGGAAGUCGCAGUGGUUAGUUACACUGUUUCUUAUAAA